UCUUGGGCUUUCCAUAUUUCAUCCUCUUAACACACAGAAUCUGCUUUGAUACAUCACCACCACUAUCAUUGGAUGAGGGUUUGGAGGAGCAGUAUCUGCCACUUCCCUCAACCACUGAGCUGGACCAUUUGUCUGAAGCCAGGCAGUCACAGAGAGAACAAAGUGAUUUCUGACCCUGCAUGGCUACCCCUCCAGUCUGAACACAAGAUGAUGGACCAUGAAGUGGCUGACCUCCCUAGCGGCCCCCUUGAUAUCUAUAGGAAAAAAGCCUCUUUCAACUGGAAGGACAUGCUCCACUUCAUUGAUGGAGCGGAAGUGCUGGCAUUCAAGCAACAUGUGUUCAAGACGCUGGAGAAUGAUCCUCUGUUUGCUCGUCAGCCCGGUGAAGACAUCCCUGUCGAGAAAAUGAGAGAGCUGACCUUCCUCAGGGUAAAGCAGCUCUUCCGCUAUGACUUCAUAACAAAAGAAGAGACAAUGGCAAAUCCCUGGAAGACUGUGGUCCUCAGUGACUGUCUGGGCAUGUAUGACUGGGCCAUGAGCGCCAAGUUCUUCCUCAACAAAGGGAUGUUUGGAGCAACUAUUGCCAACUCAGGAUCAGGGAGACAUGGCACAUAUGUUGAAAGCACGGAAAACAUGACGACAUUUGGAUGCUUUGCUCUGACUGAACUGAGUCAUGGCAGCAACACCAGAGCCAUGAGGACCACAGCCACGUAUGACCCCUCCACCCAGGAGUUUGUGAUCAACUCUCCAGACUUUGAGGCUGCCAAGUUUUGGGUGGGGAACCUUGGAAAGACUGCCACCCACGCUGUGGUUUUUGCUCAGCUCUACACACCUGACCAUGUGUGCCAUGGCUUGCACUCUUUUAUUGUCCCGGUGAGAGAUCCCAAGACCCUGCUGACUCUGCCUGGUGUGCUGGUUGGAGACAUUGGCAAGAAGCUGGGCCAGAAUGGACUGGAUAAUGGGUUUGCCUUGUUCCACAAUGUGAAGAUCCCAAGGGAGAACCUUCUGAAUAAGACGGGAGAUGUUACCCCUGAUGGCAGAUAUGUUACACCAUUCAAGGAUCCCAACAAGCGUUUUGGGGCAUCUCUUGGUGCCCUGUCGGGUGGAAGGGUGUCCAUCACCAGGAUGGCUCUGGUCAAUCUGAAGCUGGCACUAGUUGUGGCCAUCCGCUUCUCAGCCACCAGGAGACAGUUUGGACCCAAAGACGCAGAGGAGAUUCCUGUUUUGGAGUACCAGUUACAGCAAUGGCGUCUGAUCCCGUACCUGGCAACAGCCUAUGCUCUUGAACACUUCUCCAAAUCCAUCUUUAUGAACUUUGUUGAGUUCCAGAUUGGGCAGAUAAUGAGAAACAACAGUGACAGACAAGCAGAGAUGGGCAGGGAGAUCCAUGCAAUAGGCUGUUCCAGUAAACCACUGGGCUCGUGGACUGCUCAGAGUGGGAUCCAAGAAUGCAGGGAGGCCUGCGGUGGCCAUGGAUACCUGGCUAUGAACCGGCUGGGUGUCCUGCGUGAUGAUAAUGACCCGAACUGCACAUAUGAAGGAGACAACAAUGUGCUGCUGCAGCAGACCAGUAACUACCUGCUUAGCUGGCUCCACGCCAAGCACCAUGAUGGUGUGCGGAUCGAGUCUCCAUUUCACAGCGUGGAUUUCCUGGAAGAUUUCCACAAGAUUCUGGGAAGCGAGUUUACAGCAACAACAAUGGAGGAGUGUAUGGACGCUGCAGUGCCAUUGGCAGCCUAUAAGUGGCUGGUGUGUUUCUUGUUGGAGGAGAGUCAGAAGAGGCUGGAACAGCAGAGGGCCUUGUACAAGGAUGACUUUGAGGCUAGUAACAACAGCCAGGUUUACUAUUGCCGUUCCUUAGCCAUUGCCUACAUCGAACACAACUGCCUCCAGAGAUUUCAUGAGCAGACUACUGAUCAAGACACACCAACUUCUCUCAGACCAGUACUAAGCAAGCUGUGUGCCUUGUAUGGGUUGUGGAGCCUCAGCAAACACAUGGCCACAUUGUACCAGGGUAAUUACUUGAAUGGAAGGAAGCCAGCAGAGUUGGUGCAGAUGGCCAUUCUCGCUCUCUGCUCCCAGCUGAAAGACGAUGCAGUAGCAUUGGUGGAUGUUUUUGCACCCACUGAUUUCAUCCUCAACUCACCUAUUGGCAAUGCUGAUGGACAGCUUUACAGGAACCUGUGGUCAACAGUGAUGCAGGGCAGCGAGGUGGUGAACCGUCCCUCCUGGUGGAAAGAGUUCUGCUCAGACAAGCCUGUGGUUGGAUCCCUGCGUUCAAAACUCUAAAACCUGGACACACUCUAAACCACAACCCUUGAGUCCAGAGUGUCGGAAUUUUAAGUGUAAAAUUUAUAUGACCUCAGGAGGUACCUAGGAGUGUAUCUAAGAGAUGUCAUUUCCAGAUACUUUUUGACAAAAAAAACACUUGUCAAUUAAUUGAUUACAGAAACUUCAUCAGCAACUUUUUUAGUCAAUAGUUAGUAUUUAGUUAGUAAGCCUUUGCUGGUUUCUCUGUUUUAAAUCAUUGCAAACUGAAUAUCCUUCAGUUUUGGACAUGGUAGAAUGUAAUGUACAUGUUUCACUGUUUCCUUACAUUUUAUCAACCAGUGAAUCAUUUUUCAAUAAAAUUAUCUGCAGAUUUAUAGGAAAUGAAAAUAAUCAUCAGUUGCACCCCUAGAUACAAAAUGAUGUUCUCUUUAUUCUUUCACACUACUGCUAACCAAAUACUUUCUGCCUCUUAACUCAUGAACUACAGAUGCCAGAAUGCAUGUAUUUAGUAACCUGAAGACCAUGUUCCACGAUGGCAGCUCAUUAAGAAAGGAGCCAAAUGCAGACACCAGACACGUCAACCAAAAUUUCCUUAAGGCUUCCUCAGGUUUCUGCAUUAUAUGGCUUAUAGACCAUUAGUCUUUCUCCUCUCAGGACUGACUUCCUGGUGACUGUCUACACACAUGAAUGGCACAAAAAUACACAGAGCUGUUCCUGUAACUUUAAGAGCAAGAUUGUUUUGCUCAGAUGUCAGUCAGUGGCACACACUCAGAGACAUUUCUGAUAUAUUCUUAAAUACUCAUAUUUUUUCAUCCUUUCAAUGAUUUAGAAAUAUUAAAAGUCAAUUCAGAAUUCAUUGAUUUUUAAUGCAAAAAGAGAUUACUUGUGAAUUCAGUUGGACAUAAAAUGUGUUAUUUUAGUGUGUCUCCACAUUUCUGAAAGAUUGACUUUGAUGAAUUUAUUUUUAAAUCAUAUACUCAUUAACAACUUGAUUUCAACUUCAUUAUAAAACUAUGUGUGUCACAGAAAUUCAUCCAGUGAAAAUCACAAUCAUCUGUUCUGUAACAUGUAAACUCUGAUUAUGUGGAUAUGUGAAUAACAACCCUCUCACAUUUUUGACUUGA